CUCCUGCUGCACGCUCCAUGAGGUUCAUGCAGCCUAGAUUUCCGCCACGAGUCUCUAUCCCGCGUCUACUUCGUACCUGGUAGGCUGGUGAGACUCUAGACCAAAACACUUGGAGACUGUAGUGCGCUCUAUCAGUAGUCACUCAUGCUCUUGAUCAUCAUACUGAAUUAAGAGCAUUGAGCUUUACGACUGAACACGCUUCGUGGACUGUGACUGUGCGCCCGACCGGACCACCUCAAUCAGUUGGUGCGAAUCUAAGAAACCGAAUCCGACGGACCGCGAAAACCUCGUUUUACCGCCUACGCGAGUGCAGGUGACAAACUAAUUAUUAUUGACUACUUUUGUGCUUCAAAUAGACACUUGUUUAUGUGAUGUGUUGAACCAUUUAUUGGAUUUUACAUUCAUCAUCACGUCUGUCUGGUUUUUAUAAAAUUCAUUGUGACACUCAUUAUGUAUCAAUCAUCCAAUCUUCAUUCAGUGCUUGAUGAAGACCAAGUGCAUUAAUGUGACUAACUCUUGAGUGCCAAAGUGUGUAGUGUUUAAGACUGGAAGAGAUUUCAACGCCUCAUUCUAAAAUAUCCUAGGGUAUCCAUACCCUAAAUCAUCAUUUUCUAAGAGAAAUUAAUUCCAAAGGACGAUUGGUGUCCUUGGCCACUUGGUGGCCUAGAAGUCGUUAGCGAUCCAAAGAGUAAGACACGAGGACUCGUGCUAUGAUCAGCAUGGAGUUACCAGGGCAUACGACGCAGCACGGCGCACUUCACCUCGGGGUCGGCGUGCCCGUCAACCCUGGAGAUCCAGCUGGCAGCGCGUUAGCUGCCAUUCACUCUCAUCACCAAGAUUCCCUGACACUUCAGCACCACAAUCACAGUGGCACCUCAUCUGGAGGUAUGCAUGAGGAGACUAAGAAAAAACAUGAUGGAAGUCAUGGUAUGAACCAGGAUGGCCAUGGUGGAGUAAAUCAACUUGGUGGUGUCUUUGUAAACGGAAGACCACUGCCGGAUGUAGUGAGGCAGAGGAUUGUAGAGCUCGCGCAUAGUGGCGUCCGACCGUGUGACAUUUCUAGACAGCUCAGGGUAUCUCAUGGCUGUGUAUCCAAGAUACUGUCAAGGUAUUACGAGACGGGAAGUUUCAAGGCAGGAGUGAUAGGUGGAUCCAAACCUAAAGUAGCAACACCUCCAGUUGUUGAUGCUAUUGCUAAUUAUAAGAGAGACAAUCCAACAAUGUUUGCAUGGGAGAUAAGAGAUAGAUUGUUGGCUGAAGGUAUCUGUUCUCAAGACAACGUGCCAUCAGUGUCUUCAAUAAAUCGGAUUGUAAGAAAUAAAGCGGCUGAAAAGGCGAAGCAUGCACACCAGCAACAACAAGCACAACAGCAAGGUCAACAAGGUCAAUCAGGUUCAGGUGGCUCGGUCUCGGUGAUAGCACAUGCACCGGCUACUGCACCCGGCCAUCCUGCUGCUUCUACUGCUCCUAAUGCCUACAGUAUCAGUGGAAUUCUUGGUAUUCCUGCUCACCAUCAAGAUCCUAAUGGCAAUAGCAUUAAACGGAAGCGUCUUGACGAUGAUGACAAUCGUGAUCUGAGUGAUCAUGCUGAUGAAGACUUGAAGAGACAACGUAGCAAUUACAAUGGUGAUCAACUAUAUUCUAAUCUAUGGUCGAGUAAAUGGAACAUCAAGGACGAGCACAACAAGCUUCUGAACGAGCUCGGUGGUGCUGCUGGUACCGGCAACGGUGGGACGACAGGUAAUAAUCCAAGUGGCGGGGGUGCAGGAGGUGGUGGAAAUACCACUGGUUACUACGAACACGGUGGAUUCCCCGGAAAUGCUAUUGCCACCUCAGCGGAGCUAUAUGACUCUCUAGGUACCAUCAGUACUAUGACGCAAGCGCAGACUCCGCACCUUUACACUCCGCCCAUAGGGGGAACCAUAGGUGGUACUUUGACACCAUUGGCGCCAUUGACGAUGCAAGAACUAAAACUGAGCCAAACAUUGGACGGGGCUAACAUGUCUCCUUAUCACACCACCGAGAGCAGUGCCGUUGCCGUAUCGUAUGUGAAUGUAGGGACAGGCGGGGGUGAGCAUAGUCCUCCAGUGUCGCUUCACAAUGAGGGAAAUGCCACCCCCACUGGUCCCAAUACGACUGGAGGUGAUCAAGGAUUGACAGUUUUACAGUCUCCUGUCUCUCAAGCCCAAGUAGCAUCCACUAUUCCACCUUAUUCUACUAUGCUGCCUAGUUUUGGACAUUAUGCCACAGGUGGUGGAGAUUAUGCAUACAGUGCGGCUUAUUCUCAAUACUCGAGUGCACCUUACAGCGGAUAUGGUUAUGGAGCAGCGACAAGCGGGUUGCUCAAUUCAACAUAUUACUAUUGUAAUGGGGAUACGCUGGCGUCUUCCCACAACUCGCAGCAGGGUGGAUGCAACGGAGGUCCGGAUAGCAGCGCAGAUGUAGCAAGUCGUUCUCCUUUGGCAGCAACAAGAGCCAGCAGUGGAGCAAGUGCUGCAUCACCAACUGGAAGCGCAUGCACGAAGCCUGAUCACACUUCAACCGCAACGGACCUAUAUUUGGCUUAAUUUGCAACUAACUGCAAUGUUCGUUCAUCAACAAUCUUAUCUACUUGAAGACUUACAAAAAAUGAUGAAGAACGAACGCCAUAUCAUGAGAAGAAACCAAUUGAAAUUAAGUACUGAUCUCUUGUUGAGGGGCACGAUGAUGAAAACGACUUUAUCGCUAACAUCUAGACAUUAUAUCGUGUCUCGUCACAUGCGGACGUUCGUUACCGCAAUUCUCUAGCACUCAGUUGUAGGUAGUUUAAUUUAUAAUCCCUCGAUUAGCAUAAUUUUCCACAUGACGCUAUCGCAAUCAGCCUUCGGACGAGUCUUCAUUUACUGAACGCAUAGACACGCCUCAGGAGAACGUUUAUAACAUUUUCCACACAAGACAUGUAAUUCCUCAUAAUACUUGCGUACUCCUGAGACCGAUCGCGUGGGUGUAAAGUUGUGGAAUGAGUUGACUGUAAAAAAAAUAUUGUAAAAAGAUAAAUUUCCUUUAAUCGUAUAUUUGACAUUCUCGUAUUUUAUUUGACAAUUUUGUAAAAGAUAAUCGCGGUAAAGUUUGAUCAAGGCAACUUGCUGGACUUUAUUGAGAUUUAAAACGACUUAUGAAUCGAGUAUCAAGUUAAAUAUACAAUUUAAGAAUAUUAAAUAUAAAUAUAUAUAUUUUUUGUAGAAAAACCAAAGACCACGCAAAAUAAAAAAUGAUAUGAGUUUUCGCGUUCGGCAUGAGACAGUCGUUGAUAGCGACUUUUAAUUGACUUAAUAGUUUAUAGCUCGUAAAUAAAUUGUAAAUAAGUGUAAUUGAACAAUCGUAUAUGUAUAGAUAAAAAUUAUAAAUAAUUAUGAGAGAGUAUAGUGUGGUAAUUAUGAAAUGGAAAAAUAGUUGAAUGCAAAUAAUUUUGAAUUAAAUUCAUAUAUAAGAUUAAAAUCAUGUAAGACGUGUGAGAUCUUAGUUGUGUCAAAUGAUAGAAAAAUUAUUGUAAUUACAAAGUAAAUCAAUUCCAGGGUUCUAAGUCAAUCAAAAGAAAAGAAAAAAGAAUCUUGGCAAUUUUUAAUCAGAACAAAUUAUUAUUUAUUGUUUUUUGUUCAAUUUAAUUAUUUUUAAUGAAAAAAUUAUUUGUAAAAUUUUUUUUUUCAUUUACAUUAGAUUCAUUAAUUUCAUAUUUGAUGACUUUGUAUCUGAUAGGCAAAUCGUAUGGGAAUGUAUAAUUUUUCUUCACUCUUUUUUCUACACGUCAGUCAGAUUACUAGACAUUUUUGGGGACAUGUUUGAAUGCCUGCGUACAUUUAUCACUAGUCGAUAUCUCUCUUUAUAUUGCACUGCACAUAUAUUUUAAUAUGUUUUGUUUAUUAAAUUGAAUUUAGAAAAUUUCACCAAAAUACUUUUAAAAUAAAUAAAUAUAUAUUUCAAAAUUAAUCAAGAAUAGAAUUGAUCGACCAAUGGAUGAUGAUUUGAUACAAAUAUUCAUCAUUUAAGUUUUUUUAUUUUAUUUUUUAGUAUGUAUCUUCGGAUACAAAUUAUUUUAUAUCUCUUAUUAUAAGAUAAAAAAAAUUUGUAGACACUAAUUAAUUCUAAAUGAUCUGUAAAAUUUAAUAUAUAUUAUUGUAGUGUUUCGAUGAUGUGCUGAAUGCCGCGGCGUAGAAAUAGGUAAGAGCGAAAGAAAAAAAGGAGUAUUGUAAAAAAAAAAAAUAAGAAUGAUAGUAUGAAAGUAUAAUUUUUAUAUAGUUGAGGCUGAAAAUGAAUUAAUUUUUACUUAGUUGAAAUGUUUGUUUUUUAUUUAAUUGAUAAUAAAAAUUGUUUUGGUGAAGGACUGUUACUAGUGACAGAGUCUCAGAUAUUGUGUGAUGGACGAUAAUUAAUUAAUAAUUAAUUUUUAAUAUACACAUUUCUCUCACGCACCGAUUAGGUAAUUUUAUCCAAAGUUCAAUACAAUUAUGUGUACAAUUGUAUUUGAUUACUUUGCAUUUUUUUUUUAUAUUGUUAUUUUAUUAAUAAUCAUCACAAUUCGUAUUAUUGUCAUUACAA